UUUAAAUUUUCAAAAAUGGGCAGUGAAGUGAAUAAAGUUGAUAAUGGAAGAAUCCCUCAUGAUUCUGAAGAAAAUGAAGAAAAUAAGAUGCCUGUAAGGAGACUUCGAAGGAUAAGGGAUAUAUUCGUGUCUAACAAAAAUAACGAUAAAUUUGUUCUUGUAACUGACCAAACAACAAAAGAGACUAAGGGGAUUCAACUCUCAUCUGAUGGGACUUUAGCCUUCUCUUCGCUUGAGUAUGUUUUUCCUGGAUGUUGGGGCUUGGAGUAUUCCAUUCCAAAUAUUGGCGACAAUUGCGUUGUUCCAUUUAAUGAUAAGAAAAUGGUUUUUACGGCACCUUCUGGCGGCUGGACGGGGAAAGACUUUCAAUUAAUUUAUCAAAAAAAGGUUGUCAUUUCUGUGACUGACCAAAUUACAAAAAAGACGUGGAGUAUUCAACUCUCCCCUUAUGGGACUUUGGCACUCUCUUCGCUCGAGCAAGUUUUUCCUGGAUGUUCGGGCUUGAAGUAUUCCAUUCCAAGUAUUGGCGACAAUUUCGUUGUUCCAUUUAAUGAUAAGAAAAUGGUUUUUACGGCACCUUCUGGCGGCUGGACGGGGAAAGACUUUCAAUUAAUUUAUAAACAAAAGAUUCCUCCCAUUCCUCCCGUUGUUAUUUCUGUGACUGACCAAAUUACAAAAAAGCCGCGGGGUAUUCAACUCUCCCCUGAUGGCACUUUGGCAUUCUCUUCGCUUGAGCGUGUUUUCCCUGGAUGUUGGGGCUUGGAGUGUUCCAUUCCAAGUAUUGGAGAGAACUGCGUUGUUCCGUUUGAUGAUAAGAAAAUGGUUUUUACGGCACCUUCUGGCGGCUGGACGGGGAAAGACUUUCAAUUAAUUUAUCAACAAGAGCUUCCUCCGGUUGUUAAAGCGUCGCCUGACACUCGUAAACUUGUCAAACCUUAUAAAUAUGUGCAUGGUGAUUUGCCUAAAUUUGACGAAUUGUCUGAGUACCUUUUCUUCAUUAUUGAGAGUGAUCGCACCAAGUCAUGUGUAACGUCGAUAACCAAGCAUUAUUUUGUCACGUUUUACCACAGUCAUGAAACCUGGAAAAUUGGAGAUCCAUUUGAAAUUUAUCGACAUGAUUCCAAAUCUGGCAUUAACAACAAACAAUUUUUCAUUGCCACAGUUAAAAGCAUCAACAAAAAGAUGGAUUUUAUAUUGUUAAAAACCGAUGACGAAAUAAACGACCAUAAGCCGUUUUAUUGCAAGCCUCCGUUUAGAAGCUUGCCUGUUGGUUACUAUGGAUAUGGAAAUGACCUCAACACUCUUUCUUACUGUGAGGGUGUUAUACACGCUGAUGAGUUACAAUUUUUUAGGGAAAAAGGCGUCGUUUAUGGUCCUUUCUUGUUAGGGACUAUCAAAUCAACAGGAGGCGAUUCAGGAGCGGCUGUCUGGAGUCCUGAGGGUCUUGUCGGUUUGAAUCUAGGAUUUGUCGAUUUUACUGCUAACAUUGCCAAGUCUGCACCUUCAAUGGAACAGCAACUAGUCGACUAUGAUAAAAAAAACUUCAUUGUGACUAUUGACCGUAUAAUGGAGCAAUUAGGGGUUUGA